GUUAGCGAAUCUCGCAAUGAAGCGGUCUGCUCCUGCAUCAAGUCUUCAUGAAGAGCAGCAGGCGGCCCGACGUCGUCAAGAUCCAGUAUCCUGCCAAGUUUGUCGCAAGAAGAAGCUCAAGUGCUCUCGUACGUUUCCAUGCUCAAACUGCGUGUCACGAGGACUAGAAUGCCAGCCACCUGGUACAACACGAUGGUCUUCAAAUCUGGAGGGCAGGAGCAGCUCCGUGAUGCCAGCUGCCUCCGACAGCUCGGUCUUGGCAAAGGUUUUAGAGCGACUACAACGACUUGAGGAUGUUGUUCUUCCAAAACCUGACAAUGUCGUGUCCGACAACAUCGUUUCUGAUAAUGACGUUCGGAAUAAAGCCAUUAGUGCGGUUGGACAAACAUAUGUUCCACGUCUGCACGAGGACGUUGCACAAAACGAUAUAUUCCAUAGUAUCGGAAGGUCCAAUGCCUUACCACAAGCAAACAUCAACAUCGAGCAGCACGAGGAUGAGUUCAGAGCCACAGAGAUUACUGGCUCGCGACCAACGAAUCAAGCUGACGACGAUGCAAGCUUUACGUUCACGUCUGCCAAAGUGUCUGACAUUGCAUUUGACCUCAAUCUCGAGGCACCCAAUCUGACAAACAUCUCCGUGAACGGCAGUAGAGUAAUACGCCGGAUGUGUUUACCGGACACGAAGGAAGCUCAUACUCUAUUCCAAUCGUUUGCAAAAUCGCUCGGUUCCUGGUAUCACAUCUACCACAAACAGACAAUUGAGAUGCUGCUCGACAAGACUUACUAUCAGAUUGCUUGCGGCAAUGUUCCAAACCUCUCACAUGCUGCUCUGCUGCUAAGUAUAUUCGCGAGUGGAGCGUACUUCCUAGCGUUCACAUCAUCUGACUGCGUCCUUGCUGAUCCUCAAGUCGCGAACCAGUUGUCUAUAAACUGGAAGCAGAAUACACUCGACAUGUUGGACCACUUAGAACGUGUUGCAACAUCAACUACUGUCGAACAGGUACAGGCUACCAUUAUCAUGUCUCUGGUGAUACAAAACUUCGAAGAUUUGUCCAUACAUGUCUUGGACCAUCCGGGGAGAUUUAAAUCUAAUGAUUUGGUUGAGAACGAGGUCAAGAGAAGGAUAUGGUGGUAUCUCGUAACCACUGACUGGUUGUUGGGUAGUAUGCCUAGCCCACAAGAAGGAACAUACAGCAUCAAUCCUCGACAUAGUCACGUCAACAGACCCAUGAACAUUGACGACGAAGACCUUGUUGAUGAGAAUGCCAGCGACAAGCCACUGUCAGAACCAACCGAGAUGUCUUAUNUUUUAGUCAGGACGCAUGGUGGGGAAGUGUGUCGUGUCCUUGCUGAUCUUGUCCACCCUUUGGCCUCUGGGGUGAACAGCGUUGACUAUGAAGAGAUUGUUGCUCUCGAGCAAAAGACCGCAGGCUUAACAGAAAACAUGCCCUUCUAUUUCCAGCUCGACGAAGGAAGUCGCAAAAGGACCGAGCCAUAUCUCAGCAAAUAUCCGCAACUGGCCACGCAGAGAUAUCUCCUACAACAAGGACUUCACUGUCAUCGAAGCAGAAUACACCGGCCGUUUCUUAUUCGUGGUUCUCUGGAUGUGAGGUUCCACUUUUCUCGAAAGGCUUGUCUGGAGUCUGUUCGCAAAAGUCUGGAGAUCCGCCGUCUAUUGAACCAGGAGAAGCGCGGUAUGGUGUUGCCUAUAUCACGACUCAACUUUGUCUUGUAUCAUAUAUUCAUGGCUGCACUCACACUGGCUCUCGAUUUAUGCUUCAACAAGUCGGCGACUGAGGCAGAAGACCAAAUUCGGCGAGCGGAAUUGAAGGAAGCAUGCUUGAUGCUUCAGGAAUCCAAGACGGAGAUGCCAGCCACCGAUCGCUUCCUUACUCCAUUGAUGGAACUGCUGCGAAAACACAAGAUCCAAUUGCAGGACACCGGGCCCCAGAACCAGUAUUUGACUCCAUCUGACUCCACAGGGACACCAAGGAUACAAAUAAUGGGCCCUGACCAGAGAAUGACGGCUCAGACGCAGAAUUCGCCAGAGCGCAACGCUCCACCCACUGCCAUGCCCGAUCUGGAUUUCGACGGCUUGUGGGACGAGUUCAUCGACAUGGUUCCAGACUCGAGCGCUCCAGGAUGGAAUGAUCUUCUGGCAGAUUUCGACCAGGCUAGCUUGUUCUUAGGUGUG